CGACUGUCAAGUGUGAAGUUGGUUGUGAAAUAUGUGACAGAAAGAUCAACUGUUUAAGCUCAACGCUUCUCCCCAGAAUUGGACGUUUACUUUGGCGAGAUGUUUCCCGAACGAAGUAAGAACGUGGAUUUAUGAAAAUUAGGUAUUUUAAUUUUGGAAGACGAAAAAUCCCCACAUGUUGAAUUUUGAAGAAGAUAAACGGAUGUUGAAACCUGGCGAAUACUUCACGAGGUUUAUAAACGCGAGGUCAUUAAAUGGCCGACAGAUCGUCGUCGCUUGCUUGUAAAAAGUUCUCUCCGAAUGUGUUUGAUAAAAAUAAAUGUCAGAAUUGCUUUAAACAGAAAGAUACACAUACAGAAGACGCUCCAAUGAUUUCUAACCGUCCGACGACUUUGGAGGUUGAUAAAAGCCAUCCUAAAACAGCUUUGAAGACAGGAAAUUUAUAUAUUGCUUCAAAAUUAUUGGAAUCACCUGCCACAAUCAAUGUAGAAAAAUGGGAGAAAGUGUGGAUUAUUUUAUAUUCUUCAGGCUGUUUGGAGUGGUUUUCUAGCGAUCCGAAGAAUGGAGACUUACCAUUAGGAACCAUCAAUCUCGAUGAUUGUACAGGUUUAACAAAUGCUGAAUGUGACAUUAAAGAACCGUAUAGUAUUGGCAUUAAAACAUCAUUGAAAACCCAUUACAUAAAAGCUGAGAAUCGGCUUGUUAUGGAUAAUUGGUGUCGUGUCUUAAAACCGUUUGUCAUAGCAUCUCCAAGCUAUAAAUUUAAUAAAGCAACUUCAUUGUCAAGGAGUUUUAAUAACCAUGAUAACAAUAUACCUUCAACAUCAAAUUUAGAGUAUUCAUCUGAACGAAAAAUUAGUUUGUCUCGUACAAAGUCUGCACCGUGGAAAAAUAGCUCAACUGAUGAGAAGGUGAAUUCUCCAACACUGAUUCGAAAAUUUUUGCCCUCAGAUAAUUGUUCGGUUAAGAGUGAAAAUUCUCAAGAAAAUGUUGAUUCCACAACGAUGGAGAAGUCUCGUCUAUCAUCAUCACCAAGACAAUCGACUUCAACUGAACCAUCAACUAUAGGAAAAACAAAUUUAACAUACGACGCUGAACUUAUGGAGGCGCAACGAUUAGCUAAACAUAAUCAAGGAAAGGCGGAGAUGUAUUCAAAGACUUUAUCAGAUAUGAAAAAGCAAUUAAACGAUGCUAAUAAUAUGAUCAGUAUUCAAAAGGCUAAUGACGAAACUAAAACAGCUGAAAUUGAUCAUCUAAAAAUACGGUUAAGAAAAACAGAGGCAAUCCUCGAACAACGAUUAAAUGAUUUUGAUUUAGUUGCUAAAUACACUGACGAAAGCGGCACUAAACUAGAAAACGGACCGUCCAGUUUUUACAUGCUUCAAAAUCGACUACAAGAAAACGAGAAAAUGUUGAUCAAACGGACGCAGGAGCUGGAAAAAGCGAAUGAAAGUCGUAAGAAAGUUGCCAAACAUACACGAGUUUUGCUUGUUGAGCUUGAGGAAAAAUUGACCGGAAAUACGAAAAAAAUCAAUGAACUUGAAGAACAGUUAAUAAAUAAAACUCUUGAAUGGCAACACGAAAGAGAUGAACGCUCAAGGUAUGAACGCGAAAACGCAAAACUAAAAAAUGAGCUUAGCAGCACGCAGAAAAACUCUCGACAACGUGAUAUAGCAAAGAGAAGCACGGAGCUUCUACAGCAAGUUAGAAAUGAUCAUGAAGCUUUAAAGAGCGAGAAAAAAUCUCACAAUGAAGUUCGUAUGUUGUACGAAACUGUACAAGGAAAAGACAAAGAAAUUGAAAAACUGCAUGAACGAAUCUCAAUGCUCGAUAAGAAAGAGGCUGAAAUGAAGAACAUAAAAGCUUUACUUAAAGAUUGCAUGGCAGAGAAUGAACAACUACAAUCUAAAUUAAGCUCAUUGCAAGAUUCACAUAGAAAUGAACAAAAGAAAUGUUCAGAAUUGGAAACUAAAGUUGACGAUACUUCUAUGAGGUUGAAAAGAGAAGAAGAGACAAAUAGUGGAUUGCAACUUGAAAACGCUGAACUGAAAAAAGAAAUUGAAAUUUCAAGAAACGAGUUUGAUAAACAAGUUACGCUGUUGCAGGAAGAUAACGAAACAACGAGAAUACGUCUACAUGAAGUUCAACAACGUUUAAAUGAUGCUCUGCUGACCAAAGAUAAGGACUCGGGUCUUGAGGAGUUGGCUCGCCAUCAUGAGGUGCUUAAAACCGAGUGUCAGCGUUUACGUGAUAGCCAAGAAGAUGCAAUAAGUCAAGUGACUCGUGAAAGAAACGAACGUAUGAAAAUUGAGGAAGAUCUUCAUAAAACUGGACUGGAAUUAAAAACACUGAAAAUGAGUGUUCGCAUUUGAAGGGACUAUUUAGUAGAAUGUGAAAAAUAUUCAGCUGAUGAUAAGAAGGUUGAAGAUCGUUCAACUUUAGAUUACGAAGAUGUCGUGAUGAAGAUUGUGAAAACACACGAAGAAGUGGAAGAACUUACGUUAAAGUUUGAUCAAAAGAAUUCAGAAAUUUUAAAGUUGAAAACGAAGUUAGAAAAUUGUGCAAAAGUUGAAGAAACCAUCCUAAGUACUGUUGAAAAAAUGCAUUCAGCUUUAAACGAAACUAUACAUGAUUUGAAAUUGUCUAAUGUGCAAGAUGUUGAAGCAACGAUAGAACACAAGAAUACUGACGAUAUUUUAACAGCUUUGAAUAGUUUACGAGGCAAAAUGGAUCUAUUGAAUCGCUGUUUCAGGAAGGAACGACAAGAACACGACAAUUUAUCAACACAGUACGAUCUCUUGGCGGUUGAUGAGAUAAAAACCAAUCAUCGUAAAGAAAUGGAACAUCUGCAGGAGGCAAUGAAUAAAGAGAGCGAAACACUUAAAUCGCAAGCGGAGGAGGUGAAAUUGAAAUUGACAUCGAAGGUUAUUUUGUUGCAGUCCGAUAUUAAAGAACUUAACGCUAAACAUGAACGGGAAGUGGAAAGAUUGAAUGAAAAACACAAAGAAGAGCUUGAAACAACUCAACUUGAACAAGAGAAUUUGUUGACCAAAGAACGACAUAAAAUGGAGAGUGAAAUUGAGUCCUAUCGCAUAACACAAGAAAAAGAAGUUGAUAGACUCCUCAAAGAACAUAGCUUGAAUUUACAAUCUUUACGGACUGAAAACGACAAAGUUAUUUCUGCAAAUGACGUCACGAUCGUAAACCUUCGUGGAAGAAUCGACGAGCUCGAGAGAGAAUUGCAAAACGAACGGGAAAGUAAACUGAGAAGUAUAGAGGCAUUGAAGAGUGAUUACGAAGCCAAAACAGCUGAAAUCGCGACGAAAAAUGAUGGACUUGUUAGUGUUAAAGAAAUCGAAGAAUUAGAAGCUCAAUACAAGAAACAAUUGGAAAAAAUCAAGGAAAUUCAUGAACGCGAACUGGAGGAAAAUAAAUCUGACAUGAUGAUGGUUUUACAGGCCCUCAAAUCUGACUCAUACAACUCUCCUGCUUCAUUGUCUACUGACUCCAUGGAAGGAAAUGACGACUUGAGAAAACUGGAAGCUCACGUGGAAGCACUAAAGACUGAACAUGCGCAGGAGAUUGAGAAAAUGAAGAUUGAACAUGAAAGAGAUUUGGAACAAUUGCGUCUUGAUAUGGUGACAUUGUUGAAAGCUCAAGAAACGUAUAAAAUAAACGAUGUUUCACAGGUUGACGGAUUUGAUGCAAAACACAAAGGACAUUUGCAGGCAUUGAAACUCUCACAUGAACAAGAACUUAGAAAAAAAGAUGAAAAACAUCAAAUGGAAUUUGAUCAACUGAAAACAGACAUGCUUGUUGCAAUUCAGGCAGCUUCGGCCGUAGGUAAUUCUAGUACCCAAACCCCUAGCUCAUCAGAACGACGGAUCAUCGAGCUUGAGGCGCUUGUGGAAAAACUGAACGAUGAUUUUGAAGAAGAACGCAAAAGUUUAAAGAAUGCCAUUAAGAAAGCAGAGUCUGCAACAAAGUUUGGUUUAAGAAGAAACGAAGAAAUGAGUAAUAAAAUUUACGAAAUGCAACGAGAAAUGGAAGAGAUUGAUUCUAAAUACCAAAAAGAAAUAAAAUUGUACAAAGAAGCAUUUGAUCAGGAGAACGAGAGGAAGACGACCAUUGGAGCUGUGCCGGGACUACAUGCAGAAAAUGAAAGUCUUAAGGUUAAGCUUCAAGAGUUAGAAUUAUCCAUGGAGCAAAUGCAAGUUCGUUACGAUGGAGAAAUCAAAAGAUACAAAGAAAAAUUUCAACAGGAAAAUGUGUUAAGCGUUGAGGAACUACAGUUGAAGAUCAAAUCAUUAGAGGAUAGCAUUGAACAGAUGAGGAUAGAACAUGAUACAGAAAUGGAACGAUAUACUAAAGCUGUAAAAAGAGGCAAAAUAUCAAUGAAUAGUACUGCAAAGGAAAGAGAUCUUGAAAGAAAGAUUGAUGAUUUAGAAUCUACAAUCAACGGAAUGAGACAAAAACACCGUGACGAGGUUCGUAAAUACCGCGAGAGGCUUGAGGACGAGAUGGAACGUCAUCGUAAGGAAGUACAAGAAUUUCGAUCCAAAUUACGUAAACUUGACGCUGAUUCACGUAACAAGGACGACAUGAAGAACAAAAUAACUGAAUUUGAAAAUAAAAUAAGUAAAUUAUCGAAGGAAUCGAGUAAAUAUAAAGAACAAGAAUUUGAGUUGAACGAUACUAAGAGUAAAAACAGAGAGUUGCAGAGACAGGUCGAUGCAUAUAAACGAAAACUGGAAAUCUUAGAAGAGGCUGUGAAUGAGAGUAAGGAGACUGGUGCAGAGUCUCGUGUUAACCGAAACCGCGGCAAACUGCCUCGUUACAGUUCCAUGGACAAUAUACGAUCAACUAAAAUGAAAAUGUUUAAUCAGCACGAGCGAAUCAAUGAUGACAACGAUGUUUUCGAAAUGAAUAAUAAUUAUAAAAAGGCGGAGAUUGGUGGUUAUAAGCUCAACCAAGAUAGCAAUCGUCCUUCGUCGGUGUCUGCAUUUCCUGUCGAAAAUGAUAAUGGAUUUAAACGAAGUACAGAAAAGAAACGAGAAGUUUCAUCGCUCAACCGUUCAACAUAUCAUCCUUCUUACAUUAAGAGCUCAAGUGGCGAGUGGAACAGCAAAUAAACACGUCUUUUGUAUAUUAAUAUAUUUUUGUACUAUAGAUAGAUAUUUUCAAUGUAUUUUAUCGGAUUUUUCUGAUCAGUUGAUCAGCUGAUGUUUUGGCGUCUGUAUAAAACCAACUAAAAUAGUUCUAAUAAUUAACAGUAUUUGACCAUAUAUUAAUAAAUUAUGUAUAUACUCUAUAUGUCUUUAUAGGUACAUUUGUUAGCAACCCUGUUUUUCAUUACAGAGAAAUGGGAUAAUGUGUUGUUUUGCUGAAAGAAGUUUGCAAAAUAUUAAAUAUCAAAACUGUG